AUGGAGAAAUUAACAGUGGAUGUAGUGGUGAUAGGCGCUGGACUUUCUGGAUUAGUUUCAGCUUACCAUCUUCUAAAGACAGAUCACAGAUUGAAAGUGCUAGUGUUGGAGGCUAAAGAUAGAAUUGGUGGAAGAACACAAACUGUACAGUUAAAGUCAGCCGAUGGAUCGAUCGAUUUUUGGGAUGUUGGUGGAGAAUGGGUGGGAAGACCACAGAUGUUUCUGCAAGAUCUCUUAAAGACAUUCAGACUGGACACCUUCAUACCAACAGCGACCAAUACUUACGUUCCAGUACCCACUGAACCACCAUUAUCCUGGAAAACUCGGGUUGAUCUCAAAAUGCUUUGUCUGAAGUUGCGCAGAUUAAAGAGUAUUAUUGAUAGUAUUGAGAGUUUGGUAGAUUCUAUACGAGCUAUACAAUGGGACGCUAUCACCCUCGAGAACUAUGUUAAAGAGAAUCUCUGGACGGAAGGUGCAAUGGCUGUAGUCGACACUGCAUGUAGAUGUAUGUUUGGUUUAUCGCCCAGUGAGAUGAGUUUGUUAUAUUUUUUGAUGUACAUACAAGAUGCUGGAGGGUUAGAAGUCUUUAUACAACCUAACAUGUAUUCUGGUAAAGAUUGUAGGGUUAAGGGUGGUAUUCAGCAGUUAGCAUCUAAUAUAGUGUAUAAAAUCGGUAGGAAAAAUGUACUGUUACGUCAACCAGUGACGCAUAUUGUACAGAAUCCUGAGCGAGUGGUAGUGGUAACAUCUAAUAGAAUGCAAGUUUUAUGUCAAAGGGUAAUCUUAGCCGUUCCUCCUCAUCAUAUUGCUUCCAUAUCUUUCACUCCAUCUCUACCACCGAACCAAUUAUCGUUGUUAAAAAGUGUACCUCUAGCUUUCUUAGUCAAAUUUGCAGUUACAUAUGAAGAGGCAUUCUGGAGAAACGAUACUGGUUCUAAUCAGUUCGGAUUUCAACGCGUUUUAGAAGAUCCCGGUGCUGGAUCAGUUGGUAUAGUUUACGAUGCAACUUCAUCUGGUGGUAAUCCUGCUCUAGCUGGCUUUUUAUCAUCCGUUUCUGAUACAGAUAGUGAUGAUGAAGCUCAUAAGAAGAAGAUAUUAUAUUUAUUAGAAGCCCUGUUGGGUGAUUCUGUUAGAGAUUUUGUUGAUAUUACACUAAAAGACUGGAGUAAGGAACCAUAUAAUGGUGGAUGUUUUCUCAAAUCAUUGAUACCUGGUACCACAAGAUAUCUUAAUCAAGAUCUCAGAACAGCUUUUGAUAGGGUUCAUUUUGCCGGAACUGAAACAGCAACGGUAUGGUGUGGGUUUAUGAAUGGAGCUGUACAGUCUGGUUUCAGAGCUGCAUCAGAGAUAUUGAAACACUUGUGUCCGGAAGAAACUACAACAACAAAUAACAAUAGUGGUGGUCUGAAUCUGGCUCUUAAAUCUAUGUCCUUAGCAAUAUUUGGUGCAGGGCUGCUGUCUGUAGCCUUCAUGUUGAUGAAAUCAAAUGCAGCCAAUAAAUCUAGUCCUAUUCUCAAAUUAUUGGUUGAAAAAUAG